AUGCCAACCCCCCACGCCACACCCGUAGAUACUACCGAUAAAAACGAAGAAGAAGAGAGCCGUCGUCUGCUAGGAAACUCAACGCUCUCUUCAUCGUUCAUCUAUAACUCUCACUACUCCGAUGACUCGAGCUCCGACGUGAAGCAACUACUUGAAGAACUCGCGCACGACAUGAUCGGCCGCAAUUCUCCAUUCACCACCCCGUUCGGUACGAAAGCUCAAGUGUACGCGGACUACACAGCCAGCGGCAAAUCGCUCGAAGGCAUCGAGAGGUUCAUUCACAACCAGGUCAUGCGGACCUACGGCAACACGCACACCACCACCUCCGCGACGGGACUGCAGACCACCUCGUUCCGGGAAGAAGCGCGCGAGAUCAUCGCCAACGCCGUCAACGCCCGUCGUCAGACCAGCAAACGCCCCGUGAUUUUCACGUGUCCCUUCUCGCACCAUUCGAACCUCUUGCCGUGGCGCGAGAGUCUGUGCGCGGACGAGGUGCCGAUCCCUGAGGCUGUUGGUGGAGGUCUCGACCUGACGGAGCUGGAGAGGCAACUACAGCGCCAUAAAAACCGCCCACUCAAGAUCGGCUCUUUCGCUGCAGCGUCCAAUUUGACUGGUUUGUUACUCGACUACGACGCGUUGGCGUGCUGGGACUACGCCACAUGUGCUCCCUACGUCGACAUCGACAUGAACCCCAAGUAUUCUGCCGCCUACAAGGACGCGGUCUUCUUUUCCGGUCACAAGUUCAAGAAGUUGAUGCAGAAUGAAGUACCAGCAAUGCCUGGUGGAGGCACUGUUCUCUUCGUCACGGCGACAGCGCAGCGCUAUCUCUACAACACGGUGGAGCGCGAGGAAGCCGGCACUCCCGACAUUUUGGGCAGCAUCCGCCUUGGUCUCGCCUUCCAGCUGAAGCAACGUAUUGGUCCGCAUAACAUCAUGGAGAUUGAACGAAGGCAUGUACGCCGUGUACGAGAGUCUUUCAGCCGCAACAAGAAUAUUGUGGUGCUCGGGCGCCAGGGAGAUGACGUGAAUCAAUUGCCGAUUUUCUCGCUGCUCAUUCACUUCGGGAACCGCUUCCUGCACCAUCAGAAUAUGUUAGGCUUGGAGCACGCGUUGCUGGCCAAUGUGAAUAUUCUCAAGCCUGGCGACACGCGCAUCAGCUUCCCGUACUUCGCGGAUGAAGACGAAGUUAAGUAUAUUCUGGACGCUGUACACUUUGUAGCCGACCAUGGAUGGGAGUUCCUACCGCAGUAUGCGUUCGACGUCCGCAAUGGCGUCUGGCGUCACAGUUCAAGAGCCAAAGUUGAGUUCGUGAGCAAGAAACUGCGGUCGGCACUUAAGGACGAGGGUCCCUCGGAGAUCGUCGAGCGUAUUGAAGACAUCCCAGCUCACCGGCGAGAGAACCUUGAGCAGGCCGUGAAGCUGGGGGUCACGAUGAAUGCUGCUUCGUCGGGCCUCCCGCUGAACGAGAAAAUCCCCAGGAUGUACGAGGCUUUGCGCUGGUUCGUAUACCCGAGUGAAGCCGUCGCGGUUUUCAGGGAACUUGGUGCUAAGCCACCACUUUCGGACAAGAUCGUCGGCCCUUGCCAGCCACAACGAUACAUGGAGCCUACUACCAACCCCCAGCCAGACAGCGGUCGAAGCAAGAAGAAAUCAAAGCGCCAUCGAGUGAAGAUGGUGCUUUUAGGUGGUAGCUGUGUGUCGUCCUGCCCCACAAAGGAAUAG